AUGAGUUGCCAAUCUUUUGCUUCAGCUGAUACCUUUAUACCUCUGAAUUCUGACGCUCCUGCAACUCUGCCUCUGAUAAUGCAUCACAGCGCCGCUGAGUGUCUACCAGUCUCCAACCACACCACCAAUGUGAUGUCCACAGUCCCAUCUAUUUUGUCUUUGAUCCAAACUCCUAAAUGUUUGCACACACAUUUGUUGGUGACGAUGUUGGAAAACACAGCAACGGGACUUCAUUAUUCUGUACCUUCCUGUCAUUAUGGAAACCAGCCGUCAACCUAUGGAGUGAUGGCAGGUAGUUUAACCCCUUGUCUUUAUAAGUUUCCUGACCACGCCUUGAGUCACGGAUUCCCUCCCUUACAUCAGCCACUCCUGGCGGAGGACCCCGCAGCAGCUGAUUUCAAGCAAGAACUCAGGCGGAAAAGCAAACUGGCGGAAGAGCCAAUAGACAUGGAUUCUCCAGAAAUCCGCGAACUUGAAAAGUUUGCCAAUGAAUUUAAAGUGAGAAGAAUUAAGUUGGGAUACACCCAAACGAAUGUUGGGGAAGCACUGGCAGCUGUGCACGGCUCUGAAUUCAGUCAGACCACUAUCUGCCGAUUUGAGAACUUGCAGCUCAGCUUUAAAAAUGCCUGCAAAUUAAAAGCAAUAUUAUCCAAAUGGCUGGAGGAAGCCGAGCAAGUCGGAGCUUUAUACAAUGAAAAAGUGGGAGCAAAUGAAAGGAAAAGGAAACGGAGGACGACCAUAAGCAUUGCAGCCAAAGACGCUCUGGAGAGACACUUCGGAGAGCAGAACAAGCCCUCCUCUCAAGAAAUCACGCGGAUGGCUGAAGAACUGAACCUAGAGAAAGAAGUAGUAAGAGUUUGGUUUUGCAACCGAAGGCAGAGAGAAAAGCGGGUAAAAACAAGUCUGAAUCAAAGCUUAUUUUCUAUUUCUAAGGAGCAUCUUGAAUGCAGAUAA